AUGUCGGCCAAAGCUCUGAGUGAAUACACAGGCAAGGAGCUGUUGUACAGGCACCUCAAUCACCUCGACUUUGUGGCCAAGCCUCAGGCCGUUCCCUUGGACGAGUUCAACGACUUUGAGGACAAAUCCAAAGGAUGCAGAUGGAUCCAGCAAGGAGAAAAGGGAGUGAUCAAGCCAGAUCAGCUCAUCAAGAGGAGGGGAAAGCACGGUCUGGUCAAGCUGGGCUCUGUUCCUGAACUCAAGGCUUGGUUCAACGAGAAAAAGGGUCAAUAUGUCACAGUAAGUUUGCUGGUUUUAUUAUUUUAGGUAUAUGUUGUGUUCUUUUUGUGAUUUUUAGCUGAUUUAAAAAAAAUUUUGUGGUAAAUGAAGUUUUUAUCAUUAGUUUUUAUGUUUACAAAUAUUUACUUUUCAUUUUACAAAACUUGUUUUACGGAUAUUGUUUUAGAUAAAUUUCUGUUUUUUGGCAUACUUUUGUUAUUAAAAGCACUGAUUAUCUAAUACACAUGUUUUGCUGAUAAUAUUUAUGAAGAACAUUUUGAUUUUUUAAAGGUUUGUUAUUUUAGGUAGGAAAAACUACAGGCCGUUUAUCUCGCUUCAUCGUGGAGCCACUGUGCAAACAUGAGGACAAUGAAGAAUUCUACUUGGCCAUCUACAGUCGCAGAGAAGAAGAUAUCAUCUUGUUCUACGAGCAAGGUGGUGUUGAUGUUGGAGACAUUGAUGCCAAGGUAUGUAUACUCCAAAUUGUUUUGUUAAGCUGUCUUCCAGAUUUGUUUUAGAAAAAUGAUUGUGUUUAAAAAAAUUAUGUUAACAUUUUCAGGCCCGCAAACUUGUAGUUGGUGUUAAAUUGAACGACGAAGAACAAUCGUUCACUGAUUCUGAGCUUGAUACACUUAUUGGAGCCAAUGUUAAGGCUGCUGACAAGAAGUAAGUCAAAUACAACUCUUUGUAGGAGUGACACCUAGCAUUAGUUUAUUCUUAUUGUUUAAAUUUUAAGUAAAGCUAGUGAUGUUUUAAUAAUUUAAAUUAUUUAGACAUAAAUUUAAACUUUUCAGGUUGUUGACAGUAUUCAUCCGCGAGCUAUAUACUUUGUACAAGAGCCUGUACUUUACAUACCUUGAGAUCAACCCUCUUGUGUUGACCGGAGGUCAAAUUCACAUCCUUGACUUGGCUGCUAAACUCGAUGAAACAGCUUUGUUCCUGUGCUCAGAGUUGUGGAAGACUCGUAUUGAUGAAGCAGUCGAAUUCCCAGCUCCAUUCGGUCGUGACUUGUCUAAGGAAGAGAAGUACAUCGCUGAACUCGAUGCCAAGACUGGAGCAUCAUUGAAGUUGACUAUCUUGAACCGUCAGGGCAGAAUCUGGACGAUGGUGGCUGGUGGAGGAGCUUCGGUUGUGUUUACGUAAGUAAAUGUUGUUGUCGAUGUCUUUUACAUAUUUUGAGUAAUUAAGGCAUACGAUUGGUUAAGGUUUUAAAUUGCAGUAUAUUGUUUUAUGUCUUAAAUUACGUUAUUUUAGUGACACCGUAUGCGAUCUUGGAGGAGCAUCUGAAUUGGCCAACUAUGGUGAAUAUUCUGGAGAUCCAAGUGAAUCUCAGACUUUUGAGUACGCUAAGACCAUUCUCACCAUGAUGACUGAAGGAGAGAUCCACCCACAAGGAAAGGUGUUGAUCAUCGGAGGAUCUAUUGCCAACUUCACUAAUGUCGCUGCUACUUUCAAGGUAAAUUUUAAAAUUAAUGUUGGAGUUAAUGUCUUUUUAAGCAUUCAAACACAUAAGAUGCAUAUUACUCAUAAAAUUAAUUUUAAAAUUAUGAGUCAAUUCUAACUUAAUUUUUCAGGGUAUCAUCAGGGCUUUGGAGACCUUUGCCGACCUUCUGAAGCAACACAGCGUCAGUGUCUACGUCCGCCGUGGAGGUCCCAACUACCAAGAAGGUCUGCGUAUGAUGAAGGAAGCUGGCCAGAAGGUCGGAGUCCCAAUUCAUGUAUUUGGCCCAGAAACUCACAUGACAGCUAUUGUUGGUGCCGCUUUGGGAGUCAGACCUCUGCCAGAAGUUGCACAUGCUCCAAAGACAACUGGUACCUUCUUGCUUCAACCCGGUACAAACACUGCUGGCAUGGUGAAAACCCCAGAAACCUCUCAGAAGACCGUCAAGGAGUUGACCGGCCAGUCUACUCAAACCAACGCUUUGAAGUCAGCUGAUGCUACUCUCAGCACAGCUCAAGGUAGAUUGUCAGCUCUCUUUGAUGGUAACACUAAGGCCAUCAUCUGGGGCCAACAGACCAAAGCCAUCCAAGGCAUGUUGGACUUUGAUUACGUCUGUAGCAGAACUUCACCGUCAGUUGUUGCCUCGACCUACCCCUUCACUGGAGAUCACAAACAAAAGUUCUACUUUGGCCAAAAGGAAGUCCUGAUUCCAGCCUACAAAUCUCUGAAGAACGCUUUCACUUCUCACCCAGACGCCACAGUAAUGGUGACUUUCGCUUCUUUGAGAUCUGUGUUUGAUACCGUGAUGGAAGCUUUGGAGUUCCCUCAGCUCCGUGUCAUUGCCAUCAUUGCCGAAGGUGUACCAGAGAACCAGACCAGGAAGAUCUUGGCCAAAGCUAAUGAGAAGGAAAUUGUCAUCAUUGGUCCAGCUACUGUCGGAGGAAUCAAGCCUGGCUGCUUCAAGAUCGGAAACACUGGUGGUAUGAUGGACAACAUCUUAGCAUCUAAAUUGUACCGUCCCGGUAAUGUAGCCUACGUGUCACGAUCUGGUGGAAUGUCAAAUGAACUCAACAACAUCUUGGCCCACAACACAAACGGUGUCUUCGAAGGUGUAGCCAUUGGUGGAGACCGUUACCCAGGAUCUACCUACACUGACCACGUUCUUCGUUAUCAGAACGACGACAGAAUCAAGAUGAUCGUUCUGUUGGGAGAAGUCGGUGGAGAGGAGGAGUACAAGAUCGUACGAGCACUGGAAUCAAAGAAGAUCACGAAGCCUCUAGUAGCAUGGUGUAUUGGUACCUGUGCCGAUCACAUCACUUCAGAUGUUCAAUUUGGUCACGCUGGAGCUUCGGCCAACGCAUCAUCUGAAACCGCCGCGGCCAAGAACGCUGCUUUGAGGAAAGCUGGCGCUGUUGUACCAUCUAGUUUCGAUGACUUUGGAAAGUGCAUCAGAGAAGUGUACCAAGGCCUUGUGAAGGAUGGAGUCAUCGAACCUCAACCUGAACGACCACCUCCACCAGUCCCAAUGGACUACGCCUGGGCUCGUGAGCUUGGUCUUAUUCGCAAGCCAGCUUCUUUUAUGACAUCAAUCUGUGACGAGAGAGGUGAAGAGCUUUUGUACGCUGGAGUACCAAUCUCCAGAGUGUUGGAAGAAGACAUUGGAGUUGGAGGAGUACUGUCGCUUUUGUGGUUCCAGAAGCGACUUCCUGACUACGCCAACAAGUUCAUCGAGAUUUGCUUAAUGCUGACAGCUGAUCACGGUCCAGCUGUGUCUGGAGCCCACAACACGAUCGUUUGUGCUCGUGCUGGAAAAGAUCUCAUUUCGUCGUUGGUUUCUGGGCUUCUGACAAUCGGCGACAGAUUCGGAGGAGCUUUGGAUGGAGCAGCCAAGAUCUUCGCUGAUGCUGUUGAUAAGGGAUUGAGUCCAAUGCAGUUUGUCAACGAACAACGACGCUUAGGAAAGCUCAUUCCUGGUAUUGGACAUAGAGUGAAAUCGGUAAGAAUUUUGAGCUUUUUGAAAUUUUGAAGUUAGUGAAGAAAAGUUUUCGAAAAUUGAAUAAACUACCUUUCUCAUACGCGAAACUUUUAGAUCAACAACCCCGACAAACGUGUAGAAAUCUUGAAGAAGUUCGCGUUGGACCGUAGCCGUUUCCACCAAGAAACCCCUCUUCUUGACUACGCUCUCAAAGUCGAAGCCAUCACUACCUCCAAGAAGCCCAACCUUAUCCUGAACGUUGAUGGAGCCAUCGGUGUCAUCUUUGUUGAUAUUCUCAGAUAUUCUGGAAUGUUUACAGCUCAAGAAGCCAACGAAACGAUUGAUAUUGGCGCUCUGAACGGAUUGUUCGUACUGGGUCGCUCUCUCGGAUUCAUCGGCCAUUACCUAGAUCAACGCCGCCUGAAGCAAGGCCUGUACCGUCACCCAUGGGACGACAUCAGCUACGUGCUCCCGGAAGACCACUCUUAA